AUGGCUUCAUCUGCCAUUUCUCUGCAGCCUCUCACAUCGGGUCCCCAGUUCAACUGGUUCUUUCUGCUGGAGCUCAUUGUUUGCGGGAUCCUGACCCUGUUCUUCCUCUUCUACUUCAAUCGUCUCAUCGCGACUCUAGUUUCGUACGGCAUACGGGCGUAUACGUGGCACUAUUACCGAGCUUAUGUCGACAUCCAGGCCCUUCAAGUCUCGUUACUUGGCGGAAGAAUAUUCUUCAAGGGACUACGGUACCAUGGGGUCAAUGAGACUAUCCUCGUUCAGCGGGGACACAUUACAUGGAACUACUGGAUGCGAACUGUGAGAAGGCUGGACUUGACAAGGAAAGAUACAACCCCUGGAACAAAGAACCAGUCCUUCGUGGCUAGUGAUGGAGGGUCAGUAAUAGCAAAUCCUGAUGUUCAAGCCAAUGGAACAGAAGAAAGCGGUGGCUUAAAACCAGAAAUUCAUCUUCCUUGCCGGAUAGUGAUCAAUCUUUCCGGAUUGGAGUGGUUCGUGUACAAUCGAACUCCGGCCUACGAUGAUAUACUCUCCGGUUUUAACCCUUCUACAGAUGAGUCACUACACUCGCAGGAAGAUAAUCGUACAAGUACAUCAGGCACAAGUACCGGUCGACAAGCAGCUGAGAGCGACCCCUCUCCGCGCUUCAAGCCUACUACUUCUAAAGAGUCAACAAAUGGUACUGUGCCGCCCAUCAGACUUCAAGAGCGUCGCAUAAACACGGCAUUCUCGUCUAUUAAAGAUGUUUCCGCUCACAAAGACGAGGCUUUGGAGGCUGCUUGGACUUUUCUACAGUUCCUGCCAAUACAAGUGGACUGUACGAAGGGUGCCAUCGUGGCGGGAAACGAGACUACGCAUUCUCUGCUGACUGUGACGUUCGACAAAGGAGUUGGGUCUGUCGACGCAUCAGAUGUCGGCACACUCGACAUAUAUCGCCAGCUAAUUAAGUUUGACAUCUCACACCCCGUGGUUCAGAUUCGACCCAAUCCCGAUUUCAAGCAAGAACAGUUGGCGACGGCUCGGACUAUGAACCCUUUUUACCACGACGAAGCGGAACGCAAGGCAAGAAGAAGCUAUCGUAUGGCAUAUCGACGCAGAAAGCAUGAAGUCUGGCACUCGCUUCGUAGUUUGAUUCCCUAUUUCCAAAGAUCCGUGGAAUCUUUCCACGAGAAAGGAACAAAUACCACAUCGACUAGUCAUACCGGGUUUCCCGUCCACGAUCAAUGGCUUGGUCUUACUCGCUACAUGGAAGAGACAACGAAAAAUCACGAGGGAUGGAAUGCUGUGGAAUACGCGAGAUACUCGACCAUUUUAGAUUGUCCCUCACUCAGUUUAACGUACUAUUGGGAUAUACCAGGAAUGGUGCCUUCAGAACACUACGAAUCAAAUUCGUCCGUUCAAAAAGCAUCCGUUGACAUCAAUGGCCACGCUCCCCCAGAAUGGGGUAUGGAAUUGAGAGUCAAAAGUGGCACUAUUAAUUAUGGUCCAUGGGCGGACCGCGAACGUGUCAAGCUACAAAAUGUUUUUUUCCCAAACAACUUCCGAAGUGCUCAAGCAGAAGCAGCCUUGAAACCUGGAAGCGUCAGACGAAGCACAAAAUUCAGAUUCGUCUUGGAAAUAACAGAUGAGACGACUUUGAGGAUCCCUACCCGAGAGGAAUCCAAGGACUGGCAAUGGAAAGGCCGAGCUGAUGCUAUCCGCAGUGCUUCGAAGCUCAAGAAGCAGAAAUCGAAACGACAAUGGAGAGGCAAAGAUAACGAAAAGACGAAUGUUAGUCCAGAGAUCCGUCCAUUUGGCUGGCUUACACUUCGUAUUUCUCAAGACUCAACAGUCACCUAUGACAUGGACAUGGUUGCUUCAGAUAAAGGGUUCUUCAACCAGAUUCGUCUUGACCUACGAGAUUGCAAGCUGUCUUCAAGCGUUAAUCACGGUUUACUUUGGCAAAGCUCACGACAGCUAAUAACUUGUGAUCUUUCUAAUCCACUUGUUUGGAAUGCUCUCCAUACAUGGUCUUUCGAUAUAGUUAGCCAUGACUUGCAACUUUUCUUACUACGAGAUCAUAUAUUCCUGAUAACAGAUCUCGUAAGUGAUUGGACGUCAAACUCAACCUCAGAAUAUUACACUUUUGUGCCGUUUGUGUACAAAAUUCAGCUUUCAUUUAAUGACCUGCGCCUAUAUCUGAACGUGAACGAGUCCAAUAUCAUUAACAAUCCUUCCGAUCUUGAUGAUAACACUUUUAUUCUGCUCAAGGCACCGAAUCUGAUGUCUAAUGUCAGUAUCCCGUCUGACAUAUUCCGAGCCGAACAAAGUAACUUUACCUUUGACGUGGCCACUCAAGAGUGUGUCGUUGAUCUCGUGACUCCUCUAUGGCAUACAUUACAUACUUUCCUCAAAGACAAUUCUCUUGGCCGCUUUUCGAACUUGUCGAUAGACGGGACAUACACUCUCAAUGCUGGAGCAUCGCCUCUAUUGGAUACUCUGGCGAUGAACAUCGUUGCAGAUGACCCUAGAUGUUACCUUUACGGGUUCUUAAUUCGCUAUUUCAUGAAGAUAAGGGAAAAUUAUUUUGGAGAGGAUAUGCAUUUCAAAACGUUGGAAGAGUUUCAAGAAGCUGCCAAUGCCACCGUCGAAAACAAAACCGUCCAGAUUACGUCUAAUCCUGCCAAGAAGCUUAGCGAGUUGGAUGUGAUACUCAAUCUAAUCAUUAGAAACCCAUGCGCAUUGUUACCAACUAAUAUUUAUGACCAUUCUCAGUGUCUUCGCCUGAACGCUGCAUCUCUUGAUCUUGACCUGCGGUUCACUAGCUACUAUAUGGAUUUGCAGGUGGACCUUACCCCUACAGAAAUAUCACUAGAGUCUAUUCAGUCAGACGGCGAAGUUAUUAUUUCGAAUACUCAAAUGUUUAUUGAUGGAGUCUCGGUCUAUGGUCAUCGUGUGUUUGGAUUACCGCCGACUGAACCUACAUAUGUCUGCAAUUGGGAUUUUGAAGUAGGGAAACUUGUGGGAGAAUGUAGUACACAGUUUUUGCGCUCUGCAGGUGCCGCUAUUCGGAAUUUGGACUUCACCAUGGACGACGAGGAGAACGCAUUCCCACCAUUGCAUCCAUUCGUAUUACACGAUGUUACGUUCUUGCGUGCUAAGAUUGCUUCUGUCCAUCUCUCUGUUCUGGUAGAACAGACCGCAAUUGUGCUGGCUGCCGGGCUCAUUCUCUUCAAGCUCAACGAUUGGUCUCGAUCCCGAUUCUCUAAGCGCUUGUCGGGAAGCGUUCCAGAUAUGAUGAUAUCUGUCAUUGACAGAAAGUCUGCCGCAAGACAGAACGAAAGAUCAACCUCAGUGACAACUUACGCUCUAAUACAAACGAACAUAAAUGUGUCAAUGCUGUUUCGAAAAUUCAAUCUUUCCGAGGAUCGCAAACAUCAACAAUAUCAUAUCAGAGAAAAUGAUCAAAGAACAUAUCGUACACCGUGGUUGUUACUUGAUUCGAACGAUGCAGUCACCUUUUCUGACAACUCUAAAAUCCAUCCUCCCACUAUGUCAUUUCCCCCAAUGCCCGAACCUGUGGCCGAAGUUGUGCAAACAAUGGAACAGCCCGACUUUCUGUCUAGUCACCGCAGACUCUUGAGUCGCAAGAGCUCAUUUUUGUCGUUCAGUGGCUCGAACUCGAGACAUGUCAAGCGAGAUGACACGACACAGCUUUCCAUAAAUCCAUUCGAUCGAGAUUUUAGUCUCCAACAAGCAACUGAUCCUCCUCCUAACCCACAUGAAACAGAAACAUACCACCAACAAAGGCAAAUCUCACCAGAGGUGGGACAAAUGUUUGAUCGUGAGCCGACUGUUCGAUCAAAUGAUAUACCACGUUCUAUGCUUGGGCCAUCGGGCCCCUGGGCUAUGCCACACUUCCAUUACUACAAGAUAAGACCGGAUUCAAGCCAUCUCCCACCCCUUCCAAAAUUUGAGGAAGAAAAAGGGAAAAUUAUAGAAGAAGACAAUUUCACAGCAAGUUUCGGCAACGAUGAAACAGCCCACUCAGACCUCUUUUGUGAAAUUCAGCCGGGGCUACAAGGGUACUGUACACCCAUGUUCUUCCAAGUAGUCUCUUCUCUACUAGACGAUGUGCAGCCAAACGACCCAAUCGACCUGAUCGAUUCGCUGCAAGUUAGAGUGAUUUCUGAUAUUGUGAAACAUCAGAAGAAUAAGAAAAAGCAGCCGAAGACCUCAUCAAGCUUUUCCAUCAAAGUGCCAGCUGCGAUUUUUACCAUCUUGAAUAAGCUGGAGGGGUUGGAAGAUGCUUCACAAUUUGCCAUGCAAGACCAGUACCAAGUUUCGUGCACACAGUUCAAGCUUAUGAUGCAGAAUACAUCAGCAAAGGGCGAACAGGAUCUGAUCCGUGAUAGCCAAAAAGCCAUAAUUCUACAUUCCACGACGGAACGCAUUUCAAUAAGUGCCACAGGUGGGCAGACUAAAACGUGUCCAGAUAAAGCGGAGCUUAGACUGUCGCUGGAAGAUAUCAUGUUUUGGAUCGUCAUCUCGUCGAAGACCAGCUCUCACCUACAGAUGCGCACUGUUGAGGCACUGAACGCUACGAAAUCAGCGAUGCCGCUUGCAGGCCUCGUACAACGCACAACAGCCCUAGUAGAUUCUGUUGCGUCUUCCUUUCAAUCAAUACCUUCUUCAGAUGAUCGCUUGCGUUAUCUAGUCUGGUCCAUAACAACAUCCGCCGGCGGUAUGCCGGACCCAUUGUUCGUGACACGCCCAGCCUAUGUGUUACGUGGAUUGCAGUCUCAUCUUCGAGUCCACGAUUCUUGGAAAAUCGUAUCACGCUUACGCAACAUGUAUCGAAAUUUACCGCAAGACAAACAAAAGACAAUAAGAGCCAGUUGCUUCGAACUUGGCUCUCGCUGUCCAGGUGAUGCUAUGGAGAAAGUCUUCCGCGACUUCAACAAUUGGCGACCUUGGGACCUAGCACAUGUAGAAAAGAGCCAUGCGAUGAGAGCCAUUUGGGGAGAUAGCGUUGAGUCUGACACGCCUCCUACGAAGCCGGUAAAUCUCUCAUGUAACUUGAAGACUAUAAAAGUUAUAAUUGAACCUGGUCCGAGACAGUGUGAUAUCAGCGUGGUUGAUAUAUCUGUUGCGAUCGCUUUUACCUCAUCAACAAAAGACAACACAACGCCGUACAGCAACUCACUCUCUAUCCGCUCACAUUGCUCGAAUUCGGCAUUGCGUCUACGAUGGGAGAUUCUUGAUCUUGUAGAAGGGAUUGCCGAGGCAAUGUCGAAAACUCAGUCCCCCUCGACUGAAGUUCCACCCUCACCUAAUGAACAUAAAAGGCCAGCAGAAGCUACAGAAAUACAUGUCUUCAUUGGCACAGACGACGGAUCGAUCAGCUUGGAUGGAAUCAACAUAGGACUGUUUCUGCAUGGAUAUGGCUUGAAUGGCUCUAUCGUCUUAAGCCCAGGUAAUGAGAAACAACCGGAGCAGGCAACGAUUCUUUUGAAUGGACAGGGAUGCUCAACGAAGCUCUCAAGCCAUAAUAAGCCUCUAAUGAUGUGGGAAGUUUUGCAACCACACUUUUAUGGCUCCCAUUCAUCUCUACGAGGCCGAGAUAGAAUCAUCGAUGAUUGGAAGCUGGCCGGCUCUUGUCGAAGUCUGAUCUAUAACCUGCAAGAAGAUCCACUCAAUGGUAUACAUGUUGCCGGCAGAGUUGUGGAAGAUGAAGUACAAUAUAUAAGUUCUCUCAUUCGGCGCCUUGAUACAUCUCCAAAAGCGAAACCGUCGUCUAAGCCUAUUUAUAAGGCAAAUGAAAUGAUGCGCGACCACCAUUUCCAUAUUGCCCUGUUCUUGGAGGAUUAUCAGCUCAAUUUCCGCCUACUACCGUCCCUGGUCUACUCAAUUGACGGCAAAGUGGCUCGCAUGUCCGUUUUGUCGGACAUUGCGAACGAAAUAGAGAUUGACUUUGACGUUAAAAGAAACCAUCAUAUCUUCCACACCAUGGAAAAAGAGAAGUCUCGGUCCGUGUCUGAGAUUGAUAUCCCACCAAUCAAUGGGAGAAUUUCAGGCACGAUGUCCGCUGAAAUAAUGUCGUUGAAAACAGACGUUACUGUCGAACGGGUGAAGUUGGAAGCAAGUGCGUUGCGUAGCUUGUUGGAUGUGGUUAGACGACCCGAGAUGUCUCAUUAUAUGUCGGACUGUUCCAGCAGCGUCGAUGAGCUUCGUUCCCAUUUGAGUGAAAUACUAGCCAGUACAGAGUCUACGCCACAGUCUCCAGUCGGCUCCGUCCGUCAAAGAGCGAUAUCUUACAAUGUCCGCCUCACGAUGGCGGGUUGGCUUAUUCACGCUCGUGCUCCAGGUUUGAAGAAUAAGGAUUAUUCAGCUGACAUGAACUUCAUUCUUGGCUCGACACAGGUGCAUGUUGACGCGGCAGAUCAAAAUACCAAAUUCGACUCGCCGAAUAUACAUGCGAACGUAUCUCAAAUCGGCCUGGAAUUGAUCAAACAUGAGCGUUCGCGAGCUCAAUCGUAUGGUAGCCUCGGACUUGAUAUCAGUUUCUGUGCAACAUCACGGUUCAAUGAGUCUGAUCAAACAGUUCGCGUAUACAGCCUGAGUAGUAAAGGGUUCAAUGUGAAUUUGUAUGCCGAGACAGCGUCUUUGGUAAUCGAUAUCGCAGCACACUUGCAGAAUCGCAUCAAAAACCUGGAUUUGACCGAAGAUAUGAGACGAUUGAAACGACUUGGCCGACUUGCACGUGCCCGCAGUCUUGUACCAUCUAGCCCGCUACCGGAACUCAAUAUUGUCGACGUGGAGGAAUCUCAUUCCCUAUCGUUCCUGAAGGCAAUGUAUUCAGUCGAGCUAUCAAACAUCCAGGUUUGUUGGGUCAUGGACGACAAACACCACCCGAAAGCCGGAGUUCAGCCCGAAGACUUGGUUUUCUCGAUUGGACAGGUGUCGCUUUCAACAUCUGGAGAUAAUUCUGCUAAACUUCGCAUCCAAGACACCCAGUUACAAAUUGCACCGAAAUUUCAAGAGAGAGGAAAGCGUUCCUUGAACUCCGCUUUGAUGCCGGAGGUUGUAUUCAACGUGGCAUAUCUAUUUACCAAGGAUGAGUUACGGCUUGCUUUCCAAGCAGCAGGGAAGGCUCUCGAUAUACGCUCUACCACAGGAUUUAUACUUCCAGCCAAUCUUUUACAGAAGUCUAUUGCAUCAGCAGCAGAGAGACUGCGCGAGGCAAAAGCGAUAUGGUCCACGUCUCCAUCACAGUCCCCUAGUGGGAAUGCCUUACUUGGUAACAGACGGUUGUCAUCUUUACUUGUCGAUGUGGAUUUUGCAGGUGCCGUUCUUAAACUCUUGGGUCGCCAACUUGAUGAUCAACAGACUCGCCUGGUAGCGACCGCUAUGGGGAAGCGCCUGCCAGAAGGCAGAUAUGGACAAUACGUGCAAGAUAACUCUACAACAACCGCGUCCCUUACCAGCCCAGGCGUGGCUCUGAAAGUGCAAUACGGCGACAACGGAAUAGACGAUCCAACAUUAAAUGCGGAGCUAAGAGUCAGCCCAUCAAGUAACACACUCUUUCCAACGGUUGUCCCUCUCAUCAAACAAAUCUCAUCUUCAAUCAAAGAAGUUGUUGGUGAUCAAAGUGACACAAAUUCAACAACAUCCCCCCGGCUACAGACACCAAAGAUGCUGGAAGACCGCUCGAUUGAUGCCACAAAUCCUGAAAGCAUUCUUGGUCGGUGCAAGCUGAAUAUAGGUCUACGAAUCUGCAAACAAGAAUUCAGCCUGAGUUGUCAACCAAUCGCGAGAGUGGCAGCUACCGCACAAUUUGAGGAUAUCUUCGUCACCGUCAACACAGUACAGUCUCAAGAACAACGCCGUUUCUUUGCGAUUUUGAUUGCGUGCAAUAAUCUCCACGCAUCAGUCAAACAUGUGUACUCAAAUGAGUCAACUGCCAGCUUUGAAGUGGAAUCUGUCGUAAUGUCGCUGAUGAACAGCAAGCACGUGAGCACAACAAGUGGAAUCUCCGCGAUAUUGAAGGUCAGCCCGAUGAAAACUAUGAUCAACGCCAAGCAAGUCCAGGACUUUCUCCUAUUCCGCGAGAUCUGGGUUCCUUCUGACGACGAGGAUUCCUCAAAUGUCGCUCCAACGCCCGCUCCAACGCCUGCCGACUCACAGGCUCUGAUGGUUCAACGUUAUCAACAAGUGGCAUCGGCUGAUUCCUUCCCAUGGAAUGCAGUAUUAUCAAUUGAUGAACUGCAAAUUCAACUAGACCUUGGGCAGACUCUUGGAAAAGCUGAUUUCGUAAUCAAGAAUUUUUGGGUCUCUUCCAAAAAGACAUCAAAUUUGGAGCAAAACUUGUGUGGUGGAUUUGAGGUCAUGGCUAUUGAGAGCAAGGGUAGAAUGAGUGGUUCCGUUACACUAGAAAAGAUGAGGGUACGAACCUCUAUAAAAUGGCCCGAUGAGUCCUCAGAAUUAGGUCAAACACCGCUCAUUCAAGCAUCUAUUGGGUUUGGCCAGCUACAAGCCAACACAUCAUUCGAAUACCAACCAUUCUUAGUGGCGGACAUUGUUGCAUUCGAUUUCUUGAUGUACAAUGUCCGCCAGCCUGUCCAAGAUCGGCUUGUCAGCAUCCUGGAAGGCGAGAAAGUGCAAGUAUUUUGCACAACAUUGACGGCGUCACAAUCUUUGGCCCUUUAUCAGACAUGGCAACGCUUAGUACAAGAUAAGCAUGCGGCUUAUGAGGCUUCUCUUAAGGAAAUAGAAAGCUUUUUCCGCCGCAAGUCUGCGAUGACGACGACGUCUUCUAUUAGCAGCCCCCCAUUGCCGCAAACAACGCGAGAGGAUGAUUUGGAAAAGCCCCCGGUUACCCUUCAUACCGAUGUUGUGGUGACCUUGAAAGCUGUCAACGUUGGUGCAUUUCCCAGCACAUUCUUCGAUAAUCAAAUCUUCAAGAUGGAAGCACUCGAUGCCCAGGCGCGUUUUGGAGUGUCUUUAGGAGAGGAUGACAGAAUCCAUAGCUCGUUGGGUCUGACAUUGGGCCAGCUUCGCGUUGCCCUAUCCGGCGUCAAUCGACCAACUGCAGCUGAGAUGAAGGAAUUGUCGGUGGCAGAAGUUGCAGCACGCGCAACAGGUUCUCGCGGCGGUACCAUAUUAAAGGUCCCUCGGGUGCUUGCUAGCAUGCAAACCUGGCAGAGCUUGACGUCCAAUGAAAUUGACUACAUCUUCAAAAGUGCGUUCGAAGGGAAGGUCGAUGUGGGAUGGAACUAUUCAAGAAUCAGCUUCAUCCGAGGGAUGUGGUCCGCUCACUCUCGAGCAUUGGCAGACCGACUUGGAAAGCCGUUACCUCCAUCUGCCGUGCGUAUCACGGGGGGGCCGAAACCAGGGGUCCCCGAGGAGGGUGUCAACGGCCAAGAAGACGCUGGAACCAACGACAAGGAGCAGCAGAACCCAGACGAGAAAAUCACUGCCGUCGUGGAUGUGCCUCAAUCCAAAUACGUAUACCAUGCCUUGGAGCCUCCGUUGAUUGAAACUCCGCAGUUGCGAGACAUGGGCGAAGCUACUCCGCCACUCGAGUGGAUUGGGUUAAAUCGAGACCGGCUACCAAAUGUCACGCAUCAAAUUAUCAUCGUGACGCUGUUGGAGGUUGCUAAAGAAGUGUCGGAAGCCUAUGGCAAGAUUCUUGGAUGA